AUGGAGUCCGCCAUGAACGCCGCCGCCUGCUCCCUUCGGUCCCUCAUCCUCUGCCUCUCUCGUGCCAAGGCUCGUCGAGGGCGGCGGCGCCCGAGCGGAAGGAGAUGGAGAGGCGCACGGUGUGGCUGUCCUCAGGAGCAACGCACGGGCACGGCGUGGGAGCACCUCGCAGCCGAGGGGUCGCCUGAGGUAGCCGAUGACGUCCUGGCGGCGGCGCUCCUCCUCCUGGGUGGGGUGGACGCGCAGCACCACCUCGCCGGCGACCGGCUCCGCGGCGCGCUCCGCUGA